AUGUGGGGCAGAGUGUUCAUCUCUGCCAACAAAACCAAAACCCCUUGGCAACCGGCUCUGCUCCACACAGCCCCCUCGGGCAGGUACCCCUAAACCUUCCUUGUCUUCCUCAACCAAACCCCACAUUUCCAUGUCAGGGGGAGCAAGAGAGUGGGCCCAUCCUCUCCAUCAGGCUUCUCCUCACACAGACACCCAUAUACCUGACCUACUUGAAGAUGUCCCUGCUCAUUGCAGGGGUGCUGGACCAAAUGACCUGCGAAGGUCCCUUCCAACCCAAGCUACUCUAUGAUUCUAUACAAGUCAAGAACAACAUCCCCAUGGUUCAUUGCCCAUUUCUUAGGGAUUACAUUUCCCCACGAAUCUUAAAGCACAUGACUGGUACUGCCCUCACACACACACACACUUCCCAGUGCCACAUCACACCUAUCUGCCCAUGCUUUUGCUUCAUGAUCCUCAGAGGUUGUGCAAAGUCCCUGUCUGAUGCAGGGCUGGUGCUGUUAUCACCAAGGCAGAGCUUUGGGGUACGUGGUCAUCGGCAGGAGACAAAGUCUGCAUCAGAGCUGUGAUGAUUAUGGGGGUUUUCCUCUUUCCUCCCAGCCAAUAAGAGCACCCAGAGGCACAUCUUCCCCUGCAGGAAGCAGGGCUGUCACUCCUCUUUGCAGGCGGGGUCCUCAUCUGAAGUGGUGGAGAUGGCAGUGAACUUGACCUGCAGCUUCACCGCUCUUUGCUGUGUAGCAUUCUGGAGCUUCAGCACAGCUUCAGGAGCUACCUACGUCCUACCACCUAAUUCAACCGUGAAACCUGGUUUCCCUGUCCCCAUGAACACUGACAACCCUGGUGUCCGCAAGGCAGCUCGCUUUGGAGUCUACAGAUACAACAACAGUUCCAAUGACCUUUUUCUGUUUAAGGAAUCACAGAUAAACAAAGCUAUGGUUCAGAUCGUCAGAGGGCUGAAAUAUAUGCUGUCUGUGGAGAUUGAACGCACCGUGUGUAAGAAGAGGGAGCACUCCAGCCUGGAUAGCUGUCACUUCCAGAAGGAAAAAAGCCUGCAACAGAUGCUGAAAUGCUAUUUUGAGGUCUGGAUAAUGCCCUGGCUACAUAUAGCACAUGUUCCUGUUGCUCACUGUCACUGACUCACCUUUCCCCACAAGAGCCUGACUUACAGG